AUGCUCAUCAAAUAUGGAUGGAAUGGCCAUCGCCUCUUCUUGAACCCUGAUGAAGAGGCUUAUCCUGACCACGAAGACUUGAUGAAUUUCAAGAUCCUGAAGCUGGCUAUGCCCCAUCCCAGUAGAGAUCCUGAGAUGUUCUCUGAGGUGUGCAAGGCAUUCAACUAUGAUGAAGACACCUAUCGCGUUGUUUUUGACAAGCACUUGGCAACUUUCAACAUUGUGACUGACAUCGAAAACCCUUUGGGUUUGCCUUACAGUACUGAUGAGGAAGAAGAACACACUCCUGCGGCAGCCAUGGAAGAACUCCAGCAGCGUAACCUCAACAAGGAAACCGAUUUCACUUCUGCCGAGGACAGCGAGGAAGAUUUCAAUUCGGAGGAUGACAUCGACAGCCCCUCUCCUGCCAAGAAACCUGCUGCGAAGAAAGCUGCUGUGAAGCGCAGUGGCCAGUACGAUUUUCUCUCUCAGGUAGAAGAUGACUUCGACUGCGAUUCUUCUUUUGAUAGUCGGGUUGCUGUGCAGCAGUUGGUCACAAGUCCUGUUGCCAAGAAGAUUAAGAGGAGUGCUUCUCCUGAAUAUUGA